GGAAAUGAGUAAAAUCCAAACAUAGAUGAAUCUUUAACAUUUGUACAACAGCAUGGACCAGUUGAACUUAAAAGAUGAUUAAAUCCUCUGUUUGUUUGUCCACAAAACUACAAAAUGACGUGCUAUGAUAUGCGAAUACAACUGAUGCUAAGUGUUUCUUUGUUUGUUAUUACUUAUCAUACUAUAUAAUCGACAGCGGCUGUAGCUCUCAAUACGUGCAUCUCUGCAUCGUUGAAAUUGAGUUUCGCUGUCUCUUGUGCUGACAGGUGGAGCUUUUAAACAUCUGUGCGUCUUCUGCCACCCAGUGGCGGCUUUUUGUCCAACAAAAGGAAAGGGCGGGGAGGAAAAAGAAAUGUGGACCGGAACAAUCUAAUGCUUAUGUUUCUACCCGAUUUAACAUCCACGAUGCACCUAAACCAAUGGGUUGACAUCAGCCAGCUGAGAUGCUGAACGACCUUCCCCGAGAGGCUCUACUUCGGCCGUUGACCAGAACUGAGGUGGUCAGCUUGUUGUUGAGGCUGACUAUCUUUGGAGCAGCCACAUACUACAGCAUAAAAUGGGUUUUGGAAGCUAUGGACCCGACAGCAAAACAGAAAAGCCAAGCCAAGAAAAGGGCAGAGCAGCUAAUGAAGAGGAUUGGUGUUGAGGGCGUCAAACUUACUGAGUAUGAGAUGAACAUUGCAUCGCAACUAGUGGAUCCAAAUACAAUGAAGGUAUCCUGGAGAGAUAUAGCAGGUCUUGAUGAGAUAAUAAAUGAACUACAAGACACAGUCAUUCUCCCCUUUCAGAAAAGACACCUUUUGGCUGGAUCCAAACUGUUUCAGCCACCUAAAGGUGUUUUAUUGUUUGGUCCUCCUGGGUGUGGGAAGACCAUGAUUGCUAAGGCAACAGCCAAAGCUUCUGGGUGCAAGUUUAUCAACCUGCAGGCCUCUACACUGACCGAUAUGUGGUAUGGUGAAUCACAAAAGCUCACAGCUGCUGUCUUUUCAUUGGCGGUCAAACUCCAGCCAUGCAUCAUAUUUAUUGAUGAAAUUGAGUCAUUUCUCAGGAACCGCUCCAGCCUUGAUCAUGAGGCCACUGCCAUGAUGAAGGCUCAAUUUAUGAGCCUGUGGGAUGGCCUGGAAACUUCCUCAGCCACUCAGGUGAUGGUCAUGGGGGCAACUAACCGACCACAAGAUGUAGAUCCUGCUAUCCUACGCAGAAUGCCCACCACAUUUCAUGUUGCGCUUCCUGAUACAAAACAAAGAUAUGCCAUCUUGCAGUUGAUAUUAGCAGAAGAAAAUCUAAGCAGUACUAUUAAUCUGAAGGACAUAGCUGAGAAGACAGAAGGCUACUCUGGGAGUGACCUGCGGGAACUUUGCCGUGACGCCGCCAUGUACAGAGUCCGGGACUACGUCCGCAAGGAACAGAUGCGGCAGAUCGCUCACCAGCUCGGAGAGGUCCAGGAGAAGGAAACACCCGUGGAUGAGGAUCGAUUGCGUCCAAUAACCCAGCUUGACCUCCUCUUUGGCUUGGACAAGAUGAGGGAGUCCAAACGGGGAACAGCAAAUGAGUUACGUCCUGUGUCUGACGUUCCACUGGACUGAAUAUUUUUGAAGGUUCAUUUUUUCUUUGUUCUUUGUGAUGUCCUUCUGGUCCAAUUUUUUUUUUUUUUGUCUCUUGGAAAAGGAACAAGAGGCAGCACUACGUUUGUGGUUCCUUUUCUUUUGGGUUGUUCAGGAAAACUGCUAUCUGAGACAUGCACAAAACUUUAUCACUGCUCUGGCUAUAUAUAGCCCUAGUAGACCAAGAUAGAGCAUGUUUACUUACACCUAAGACACACAAGUAGUAGAUAAAAUUAAGUAUACUAAUUGGAGUGGAAGGGGAUAAUGCAUUAAGUUAAAAUGUACUUGCUAAGUCAGCAUACUGUUUUUCAGAAGAGACCCUCCAUGUGGGCAGUUAUCGCACAAAAAUAAAUUCUUCACACCCACGUUGAAUCAUAAAAGCUCAAUGCAGAGAACUUGAUGACCAUUGACACAUGUGAAUGAGCCUGUUGGUUUCUAAAUAGUGAUUCAUGGCAAGAACUAGAAGCCACUAUGCAUUAUCGCCAAUCUGCUAGUGCAAUGAUUUUAUACAAAUUAUCAUGCGUGAACAAAACCGCAGACAAGUGGUAUCGAAGAUCAACAGAUAGAGGGAUGGAUAUCCUCGGUGAUGGAUGGACAUUGUCAGACAAGGUACUGUUUAUUGCUUUACACGAGCAAAACAAAUAACUAUGCGAGUUUGUCAUUCUAUAAUGGGUCCUGCUUAGAAAAUAGACACAUGCUAAGAAGGUGGUAUCUGAGAAAGGAAUUUUCACUUUUUAGUCAGAUGGUGUUUUAAAUUUGCAAAUCUCAAACUUCACAUUGAAUGCUGUGUUUCCUCCUGGUCCAAAAAUAAUAUUUUUAACUUAUAACAUUGAUCACACUUUGCAUUUCCAUUAUGCUAACAUAGUUAUUAGUCCCUUUUAUGAAUAGUUAUUACAUCAGUGAAGCAUUGUUAAUCAUUAUAUCUAUUAUAAAUAUAUCUAUUAAUUCCGGCCAGCUCAAAUAUAAUUUUACAAAAAAAAAGUGGAAAAAGAUCAGUCGUAUAUACAGUCCUUUAUGUUACAUUAUAUUAUAUAUGUGUGUGUGCGUGUGUAAGUUGAAGCCAGAGGUUUAUAUACACUGCAAAAGCACAUUUCAUUUUUUGUCUCACUCUCUGAAGUCAGACCUGCUGCUCGGCCACACACUCCUUCCUAGUUUACCUUCCACCGCCUCCCUGUCCGCUUUUAAAGGGGUACACUCAAAAUUACAAAUGUUACAGUACUUACACAGCCCAUCAAUGUGGUUUAUAGAGCUUGUGCACCUACGUCAUAAAAUCAAACGACUCGCCAUAUUGACUGUCGAACAAAGCAUUGUUGCAAGUUAAUUCUGUUGAGAACGAAACGAAAAUACGUCUUAUAGCACGACGUCCAGAGUUUUGUCUCAUACCGUUAAACAUUUAGAAGGUGAUAAUAAACGAAGGUACGUGGAAAAAUUAGAGGCACUUGCCAUUGAGGACCAAUAUUUAAUGCCAAGAUCGAUGUUUUUGCCGAUAAGAAAGUGGAAUGUUAACCCACUUUCGCUUGUUUUGGAUAACUGGGUCUACACAUGUAUCCGGUGAGUAAGUCGUCAAGAUUUACACAGAAAAGUUUAAACGUGUAUAAAAGUUUGGACGCAGACAAAUACUUCAUUGCUGGAUCUGUUCUCAAUCAGAAAUAAAUCCCACAUAGUGAUGGACCCACUUAGAUUUUUUCAAUACAAAUAUCAAUAUUUAAGUAGAUGACGCCUGAUUUUACACAAACUCGCAUUCAUUAACUAUGGUUGGAAAAAAAAAAAAGGGCAGGGUGUCAUCGUUUUCGUACACGGAAGCGUAUUGCAGCCACACGUGAAUCUCCGUAAAUCACUCUGCUACAGACGGUUCAUUUUCUUUUUUUAAAUAUGCAUUGUUCUCAAUUGAGUAAAUUUAUCAUUAUAAAUACUUCUUGGUGAUUUGAGAUUGAGAAGAAUAGUUCCUACCUGAAAUGAAAUAAUUGCUACACAGGCGUGUGUAUUUGGUUGGGCAUCAUCCAUCCCAUUUAAUUGCCGAAAUCCAUCUAUCUUUUCUGGUCUUUUCAGCUGGUAUGCUAUAGAAUGACCUCUUUGAAUAUCUGUCUCAUCCAUUGUGACAACCAACAGCAUAACAAGUCUCUGGUAUUGUAAAUAUUCUCCUCCGGUUCAAUGUCGAGCUUGAGCAAUGUUUGACCGGCAAUACGGUGCCGUGAAAAUGGUGACGUCAUUAACAGCGUCCUUAGCGCCGCCCACCAUCGGUGCUUUAGUUAGCAACACAGUCUGGGCAAUGUAGAGCAAAGACGAGCUUGACAUGUUUACGUUUACUCUCGAUAAUAAUGACAAAAAUAAAAAAAAAAAAGCUGUUACUUUCAGAUGCAAUGAAUGUCGGAGUAUGUGAAUAAUAGAAGAAAAAGCAAUGAAACUGGAUGAGAUUUUCUCUUUUUCGAGUGAGAAUGGUCUGGUCUGAAGCCAAAGUAGAAAGUGCAGGAUGAGCUGGUGUAAAAUGUUAAAAUUCCACCUGAUCGAGGAUGAAUGCACAGACAAUACAGUGCACAAAAGCUAAUUCUGUAUUUCAAAUAUAGAAGGCAACAUAACAUUAAUCUUAAAACUGUUUGGGAGCAUCAGUCAGCUUUCAACAUGGGUUGCUUAAAAAAAUAAAUGAAUGAAACAAAGUUGGAGGCAACCUUUCAAAUUUAUAGGUCACACUUGGCUUGGUUUGGUUAGCAAUGUAUGUUUUUGUUUGUUGAUAUUUUCAUUGCGUGUUUUCAAAAACAAAUAGAAUUGUUUUUAAAAAUGUUCUGAUGGGAAUUUAAAUGCUGUCUGAAUCUUUUAAUGAGCCAUGUCACUUCAAUGAAUGACACUGAUCUGACCACAGUGCAUACAUCUGAUGUUGCUCACAGUGAGCAAAGGGGGAGAGCGCUCACGGGCUGCAUGUGUUCUUUUAGACACGUAUAAAAUUGGAGGGAACAUUGACGUCAGCAUAUCAGCCAUCAUACAGUGAUGAAAGUCCUCUGGAUUUUCCCGGAAUUUCAGAUUUUUAAGUUUUCAUGAAAAUUGCUCCGGAAAAUUGAGGAAGAAUUGCCUAAAAUUAAUCCGGAUAUUAGUUGACAACAUUGAACAAACAUGCGUUUGAGUUUGUUGUUUGGCUUUCACGAGCGUAGCCCUGUUGAGACACUAACACUAGUAACAGUAACGUCCCUCCCCUCGCAUUCUCUCAAUAUGUCGCUUAUUUUGUUUGGUCUUGACAUAAUUUACGUGUUUAUUUCAUAAACCUUGUUAACUAAACAAGCCUGCUCCAAAACAACCGGUAUUCAUCCGCAAACAGGAAAUGCAAGUUAACCGCACUGAGCAUGUACAGAGCAUGUGCGAAAGCGCAUGUUCACAGCUGCUUCACGGAUUACAAGCGCAUUUACGUUGAAAGUCAUCAACAUCAUGAGCCAUGUCAAAGGAAAUUCAGUUACACCGGGGGUGCUCAUUGCGUCGAUCGCGAGGCAGCGUGACGGCGUAAAAAAAAAAAACAAAAAAAAAAAAAACAU